UGAAAUAUCGCGUACCAGUACCGUUGCUCAUACAGUCAGUCCUAUACCUUCUGUUUUAUCAAAUAUAAAUGCUUUGAGUGUAAUAGAUAGGCUAACGUGUUAUAAUGACUACGUACAAGUACCUAAGAUUAUCAUAUCAAUUCUUCAAGAUCAAGUUGCAGCGAUUAAUAAUUUAUCAAAACAUCAUACAAAUUCACAAGACAUAAUUUAUACCGCAAAAGGCGUAGCUUUGUCAAAGAUAAACAACAACUGGAUUGCUCCUUUUGGUAUAUACAAGGAAGCUUCCAU